AUAUCAUCAGGAACUUUUGCAAAUUCGAAAGUGUGAUUAAAGGUAGCAGGCGCAGGUAAAUGUGACGUCAUCAGGUGUUUUCAAGAUGGAGGCACCUGUCAGGCUCUGUUGUUUCCUGGUUUUGUUUUGUCAUUUCGUCGUCGUUCCAGGUAACAUCAACGUUCAGAACCAGUACGAGUGCGGCUCCUACCAGUACCCGCGCGAGGUCCGUGUGACAGACAGGGAUGAGGACAUCAUCUCCUCACAGGCCCAGGAGUAUUAUGCCUCAGAUCGCAACUGCCUCCUGACGAUCAUUGGCAAGAAGAACUACCAAAUAGAACUGGAGCUGAGGCAGAUUGACCUGGAUGGCCAUGCUUAUGCUACAGACCAUUGUGGAGGAUUGUGCUGCAAUGACUUUCUCAAGAUCUUCAACAGUUACCGGGCGGACAAUGCCCGUCUCUUGCCAGGGAUGUCUCAGUGGGGUCUGUGUGGGAACGAGUUGCCCACCAAGGUGGUGUAUCAGACUACCCAGAACUAUGUCACCCUCCAGUUCAGGUCAGACAGGCGCAAUGACUACAAGACAGGAUUCUCCCUUCGGUUCAGACAGUAUCCAUGGAGGAACCCUGGCAAUCUGCUGCCUGAUGGUGGAGUAUAUGGUGGCUGGAAUGAUGGGAGUCGGAGUGAGCUUCAGGUGGACUGGAGUGACCAGAGCCAGGUUCCAGGAGGUUACAUUCCUGGGAGUCCCGGUAAUGACUAUGACAAAGACAAAGGAGGACUACAGUGCUACGAGUGCCAGGGCUGUGACCUGGAGUUCUUUGACCCGAAAAGGGAGGUUGCAGCAAUCAAGGGAGGAUGCUAUGUCUGCUCCAAGACAUGGAAGGAUGAUUUUGCCUCGGCCCAGAGAUUAUGUUACACUCAGCUCCAGUUUACCAACCUCCUUCUUACACUUGUUGAUUCCUCAGUUGGUGGAGGAAAGGCUGAGGAGUUCCGAGGCUGUAAGCGCUUUAUGGAUGCCUAUGGAGUGUCUCUCAACUUCUGCAUCUGUGACGAUGAGAACCUCUGCAACAGUGCAGGCCGUGUACAUGUCAACAUCCUGGCUGUCAUUGCCCUCAUUCUGGCAGUGGUCAUGAAACACUAAGGGGAAACCCUCGUAAACGCAACUUCAUUGGCUCCAUUAAUGUUGAUGUAAAUACAAUGGAUGUGUUAACAUUUUGAUGAGGCUAUUGGAUGAUCAAUGACAAAUGUUACAGAAGUUAUUUUGGAUAAUUAUUGUACUUUCUAUUACUGUACAUGAGUUUUGAUAGUUUUAUGUUACAUUGAAAUUUUUGAAGAAUAUUUUUUCCAAAAAAAUAAAAAUAUUUCUCUAAGCAGAUAUUUUUACUGUUUCACUCCAAUGAUGCAGUCUUAUUAAAUAUUUAUCUUCUUCCUCUUUGGGUCUUUGAACUUCCUAUUUGCAACUGAACUUCGUCAUAGUUUUAUGUUAUUUGUGUAGUAAUAUUGUUUAUAACAUGUCAUAUAAUGACAUAAUGCCACCCUUUGUUGAAAUUAUGGGGGUCACAUAAGCUCCUGCAAAAUUUUUCUUUUUGGGUUUUCAUGUAAACCAAAUAUUUUCAUCUGAGAGUUCAGAUAUUGCAUUGUCAUCUUAAUUUCCUAGAGUUAGGAGAUUGACCUACUGUGUUUUGAAGUAUAGUAUAUACCUCUUAAUUUUAUUUUGGAACUGAGUCAGAGUUAAUGUCAGAAUCGUUCCCAUAAACAUCUGAUAUGUUUCAAUAUAAUAAAUAUACAGUUCUGAUGGGUUAUUGGCAGCUAUUUCCUUAUGGAUCAAUAUGUAGGCAAUUGCUGUAUGUAUUACACAUGUAUUUUGUGUGAAAAGGCUUAAAUUAGAGGUAUCAAAUCUGAUAACUCAUUUUAAGAAAUCAGAAUGAAUCAUUCUUCAACGUCAUGGUAGAAUUACAAACAGUGCAAACAAAAAAGGACAAAUAGUCAGUCUCUGAACAAUACAGUUAUUGAGUUCUGGUCCAGUAUGUAUAUUGCGGAAUAAAUAUUUUUUAUCUUUUUUUCAUUCACAAACUGCAGCUGUGAUUCAUGUAAUGAACAAGGGUUGGCCGUAGUUCAGCCUAUUUGUGUUGAUGUAUCAAAUGUUAACACUUAAUCACACAUCUGUUCCAUUAGUACAUUUUCUUUCUCAUCACACUCAUUUUUAACAUUCAAAAUCAAUUGCUAGAGUGGUAUGGACAUAAAACCAGCUGAAGUGCAAGGGAAGAACCAGUUUGCUGAGUUGUGUCCCUUACUUGUGAAAGGAGCCGCUGGUCAUCAUCAUCCUGAAUUUGUCACUGUACUCAUGCUGGAGGUUCAGGGUGGCACAGUCGUCUAAGGCACCGCGAUUCGCUGUGCAGAGUUGUGUCCCUUGGGCACGCCAGAAUCCUAUGAUUGUGGGUUCAAACCUGGUUCGCCACGAUUAUGUUUCUAGGU